AUGUGCGACUUUGGAAUUCCAUUUGUCUGUAUCCAAUGUGGUACCGAUCAAAACCCAUGUCAUGUUAAGAUAGUCGGUCCCACACUUGGAUUCGGAGUUGGAGUACUCAGCGCUCUAGUAUGCUGGCCAGCCUCGCUCUUCGUCGGCUGCUGCGCUACGGAACUCUUGGUUCUCCCCCACCCAUCUAUCACCCAUCUAUCACAAGCCAACGUCGAAAUGAUGACGACUAACAAUAGUGCGCACAUUAGAAUGUUAGGAGCACCUGUGGACAUCAAUGGACAGGUCUCAAACGCGAUACCAUUUUAA